AUGGGGAGUCUUGAAACUGAAUUUGACACCUCAAUGCUCCGGCCCGACACAAAGGCGCCUCUCCUGAAAGUUAUCAAAGGCGAAGGGGCGUAUUUGACAGUACCAGGUGGAAGGAAGAUCCUCGAUGCCUGUGCUGGGGCUGCUGUGGCCUGCAUAGGGCACAGUGACCCUCGCGUACGUGACGCUAUCAACCGACAACUUGAUGCCGUUUCGUACGCCCAUGGCCAGAUAUACACCAACGAGGCACAGGAGGACCUGGCUAAACUUCUGAUUGAGUCCACGGAGGGUGCAAUGAGCCAUGCCUUGUUCAUGAGCUCUGGAUCAGAGGCAAUGGAGGCUGCGGUGAAGCUAGCUAGGCAGUAUCAUUUAGAGAAACAUUCACCACAGCCCCAGCGUGAUAUCUUUGUCUCGCGCAAAGGAUGUUAUCAUGGUGCUACUUUGGCCACACUCGCUUUGUCGGGUCAUAUUGGCAGAAAGGCCCCCUACACGACAAUGAUGAUCCCCAACGUCAGACACACAUUGCAGUGCAAUGGGUACCGAAAGAAUGAGGGAGAGACCGAUGAAGCGUAUGUAGGAAGGCUUGCGGGUGUUCUGGAGUCCGACAUCCUAGCAUGUGGUACCGAUCGUGUCUGUGCGUUCGUGGCAGAGACCGUCGGGGGUGCGACAUCUGGCGCAAUGCCAGCAGUACAUGGAUACUUCAAGGCCAUCCGCAAAGUGUGUGACAAGUACGGGGUCUUGUUAAUCUUGGACGAGAUCAUGUGUGGAGCUGGUCGUACCGGGACUAUGCAUGCGUGGCAGCAGGAAGACAUCGUUCCUGAUAUUCAGGCCAUGGGGAAAGGGUUAUGCGGCGGUUUCAUUCCACUUUCUGCAAUUUUGAUGAACCACAAGGUUUUUCAAGCACUCCACAACAACAGCGGUGCCUUUUGUCAUGGUCAGACAUUCCAGGCCCAUAUACUUGGUGCGGCUGCAUCCCUUCGCGUCCAGCAGAUUCUCGUAGAAGACAAUUUGAUCCGCGCAUCUCGGGAAAAGGGAGACUACUUGAUGCAAAGGUUGAACAAGUCAAUCAGAGACUUGCCACAUGUUGGAGAUAUUAGAGGGCGUGGUCUUUUUGUUGGAAUCGAGUUUGUCAAGGAUAAGCAGACUAAGGAGUCCUUUGACCCCUGCGAGGGGAUCGCUUACCGUGUCCGCCAGGCCGUCUUUGACCGAGAUGUCGCAAUCUACCCUGGCACUGGAAGUGUAGAUGGUGUGCGAGGGGACCAUAUAAUAAUUGCGCCGCCAUUUACUGUACCGAAGGCGGAUCUUGAUCGUAUAGUUGACAUUCUUGAAGAAGCAUUCACCGAGGUAUUUGCAACCACUGGAAAAUAA